AUGGAAAUACCGAAUUAUUAUCCAAUUGAAGAUCCCAGUGAGGUUCCGAAUGGUACAAUCAACGGCAAUCAGGAUCUGCUAACGUUGUUCGGGCUCGAUGAGACUUACGACACAUACGUAAAGCCAUACAUAAAGCCAACUGCAGCCAACGCAACUGGCAGUAGCACUCAAAUUCCUCAGGAUAACGGUGAGGCUAGGAGAAACAAAAUGGAGUCAACGUUCAAGCUAUUUGUAAAUGAUCUUCCUGGACGUAACACAAUCAGCAAGAAGGAUAGCUCGCUGCCUAAAAUUCGCGAUCUGCUGUUCGAUCCAGAGUUCCAGCCACCAACUAUCACUGCUGAUAGUAUUGAUAAUGCCACGUUGGUCGAGGCGUUUGGAAGACUCCCGCCUGGAAGUAUACCCAAUUUUGACGCCUCCGUCUUCACCGGACGCGACGACGACGAUGAAAGACGCAAGAAGAAGAAAAAGAAGAGGAGACGCGAAGAUGAGGACGAUGGUAUCAACGGUGUCGCGAAUGGAGAGAAGAAGACGCGUAUUGACGAUCGAGCGCUGACUGUUCCUGCUCAUUCAACGACUCAUUCACCCAAUCCAGCCAGUAUACGGGGCACAUCAAGGUGA